AUGGCAUACUCUGAUAGAAUAUCAUAUCGUUCGUUAUAUCAAAAACAAACUUAUUCAAUUUGGAAAUUUCCAAGAUUAUUUAGAAGUAUCGCUGCAUGCUUGUCACUAGUAUUCUUCAUUGUAAUACCAUUUAUUCAUCUAAAUAAACGUCAUAUAGAUUCAAAUUCUUCUCUAUUUCAUAAAGUAAAUGAUCAUAAACCACAUAAACCACUUUUUAAUAGUAUUAGUAAUAAUAUUAUAGUUAUCGUCGAUGGUGAUCAACAAGCAACCAGUCUACAACCUAUUUAUUGUAAAUUGUCUAAAAAAGCUGAAAAUGUAUAUACUCAUGUAAUUGUUACCGGAAAAAAUCGUGGAAUGGGCGGUACAAGAUUAAUAAGGUUCAAUUCCCUAUUUUCAAAUUGUGAUGUAUCUGUAUAUGAUUUAGAACUUCGUAAAGGUAUUUCUUCCAAUGAAAAUAUCUUACCUUUGGUAUUUCAAGGAAUAAAUCAUGCAAUAGAUCAAAUUCGACCCGAUGUUUUGAUUUAUAUAAAUGAUCCUGAAAAUGAAGCAAUGCGUGGUGUUGAUGCCGCUUUAGUUGCUGCUUCUCAAUCAAAUAAUAAUAUUACAAAGAUUUCAAUACCUAUCGAACACACAAAACAUUUAUUGUGGCUACCUGAUUUAUCUAUUGAGGCACUUAAAAACUGGAACAGUCCAAAAAUUCAAUUACAAGUGAUCACACAAAAUCGUCCUCAAUCUCUAGAACGUCUUAUGCAAUCUCUCAAUUCAUCUAUUUAUUUUGGUGAUGAUAUAUCUCUCGCUAUAAACAUGGAUCGAGGUGCUGAUCCUGUGACCAUUAAGCUUUGUCAAACAUUUAAAUGGACUUUUGGUCAUAAAUUCGUUCGACAUCGUGUAGUUCAAGGUGGUUUACUGACUGCUGUAGUAGAAUCUUAUUAUCCUACUGAUUAUAAUGAGUACGCUAUACUUUUAGAAGAUGAUGUUGAACUUUCUCCAUUUUAUUAUAUAUGGGCAAAAUAUGCUGUCUUAAAAUAUAGAUAUGGUAUUGAUAAAAGUUUAUCUGGAAGAAUUUUGAGAGGAACAAUAUAUCCUAAUCAAUCUCCAUAUCUUAGUCAAGUACCUUGUAGUUGGGGUGCUUUAUAUUUCCCUGAAAUAUGGCAUGAAUUCCGUAUUUAUCAAAAUGCUCGAUUAAAUGAUAUCCAUGGUCUUAAUUUACAGAAAGUAAUCGUUCCAGAAAGUAGAUCUAAUCGUUGGAAAGCAUCUUGGAAACGUUUCUUUAUAGAACUUGUUUAUCUUCGUGGCUAUGUAAUGCUCUAUCCUAACUAUGAAGACUUUGUCAGCUUUUCAACUAAUCAUUUGGAGAAAGGUGUUCACAAUCGUAAAGACAAAAAAGAAGUGAAAGAAGUGUUUGGUCUUCCAUUAAUGGAUAAAGAUAUUGUAUUGGAUGGAUUACCUGGUGGUCGUUUACCAAACUUUAAGGAUUUACCAACUAUGGAUCUUUGGGGAAAGGUUACACCAAUAAAAGAAUUAAUUCAACGUGGACAUAAACUACACUUGAAAAUUUCACAUUGCCCUCCUAAUGAUUUUGAUGAACUCACUUACGAUCCUCAAGACCUAUUAUGUGUUGAUGAAGAGACUGUACGCAUUAAAAUGAAUAAACAAUCGGAAUCUGAAAUCGAUGAAAUCCUAAAUACUUCAAAAGGCACUGAGAUAAUUGAACAAAUAAUUAAGGAAGAUAACCAUGCAGAAAAACCGACAAUUGAUGAUAAAAUAUCCAUUCUUGAUGGCGAAGAAAAAAAUAUCCCUUUGAAAAUGAGAAAAUAA